GGUGAGGAAACAGCCAGAAGAUUAAAACGGUCCAUUCUCUCUCUCUCUCUCUCUCUCUCUCUCUCUCUCUGUUUCUGAAAUUUCGGAGUUUUUUUCUCUGCUUUCCUUGCUAAACAUAUUCCUUGAAAGGGCGGAUAUUUUGUUUCCUUUGACCCUUCGCUCCUCUUCCUACAUAAACAACCCUCAGCGCAACAAUCAUCAAGCACGCGUUUGAACUUCUGUUCUCCCUUUUCGGCUCCUCUGUUUCGUUAUUCGCUUGAGUACUCUGUUUUUUUAAACUCUCAGUGUCUUGAAAAUAUGGUGGUGGAGGGUGGUGGAGCGGUUCUGGUGGUGAGACCAUUCGAUGCGAGAAAAGACUGCGGAGAAGUGGAGGAGUUAGAGAGGAGGUGUGAAAUAGGACCCAGCGGAAAACUCUCUCUGUUCACCGACCUAUUGGGCGACCCUAUCUGCAGAGUUCGUCACUCUCCUUCCUACCACAUGCUGGUGGCUGAGACGGUGACGGUAAGUAAAGAUGGUGUGGAGGAGAGAGAAAUAGUUGGGAUGAUUAGAGGCUGCAUCAAGACCGUUACUUGCGGCAAGAAGCUCUCCCGGGUUGGAAACGACGGCCGCGAUCUUCCCGCCAACAAAGCCCUCCCUGUCUACACUAAACUCGCCUACAUCCUAGGCCUCCGCGUCUCCCCUUCUCACCGGCGAUCGGGAAUAGCGCUGGAACUGGUGGCCAGAAUAGAAGAAUGGUUCACGCAAAACGGUGCCGAGUACUCGUACAUGGCCACUGAAAACGACAACAAGGCUUCCGUCACCCUCUUCACGCAGAAAUGCGGUUACUUCAAAUUCCGCACCCCGUCAAUCCUGGUCCAACCCGUGUUCGCCCACCGGAUACGGGUCAGCACCCGGGUCUCCAUCCUCAAGCUCACCCGCUCCGAGGCCGAGACCCUCUAUCGCCGCCGGUUCUCCACCACCGAGUUCUUCCCCCGCGACAUCGACUCGGUCCUCAACAACAAGCUCAACCUGGGCACCUUCCUGGCGGUCCCGGGCGGGUCGUAUCCCCCCGGGUCGUGGCCUGGGCCGGACGAGUUCUUGUCUGGCCCGCCGGAGUCGUGGGCGGUGAUGAGCGUGUGGAACUCCAAGGACGUGUACAGGCUCGAGGUGCGGGGCGCGUCGCGCGUGAGGAAAGGGCUCGCCAAAACGACUCGGCUGGUGGACCGGGCUUUUCCGUGGCUCAACAUCCCUUCCAUGCCGGCUGUGUUUCAGCCCUUUGGGUUUCAUUUUCUGUAUGGGCUCGGAGGGGAAGGCCCGCGGUCUGUCAAGUACCUGAAGGCCCUGUGUGGGUUUGCCCACAACUUGGCCAAGGAAUGCGGGUGCGGGGUGGUGGCCACGGAGGUAUCGAGUCGCGAGCCGCUCAGGCUGGGGGUCCCGUACUGGAAGGCGCUGUCGUGCACCGAGGACCUGUGGUGCAUCAAGAGGCUUGGGGAGGACUACAGUGACGGGUCUGUGGGCGACUGGACCAAAUCGCCUCCUGGCUCAUCGAUUUUUGUCGAUCCUAGAGAGAUCUAACUUAGGAGUUUUUUUUUUUCAAGAAGAGCUAAUUUAGAAGUUUUUUUCUUUUUGUUUUUGUUAGCCCGGGUAUAAUGUCCUAGUGCUCAGGAAGUUGAAUAGGAGAAAAUGUUGCUCCCUCUCUCUCUCCUUUGUAGGCUGUAACAUUAGAUUACCAAGUGGCAAUUUUGAAGGGGUAGUGAGGGGCAAAAGAGAUGGGUUUAUUUUCAUUGUAUUUUGUUGUGGACUGUUCCGUGGGGAAAUUUUUUCAGUGUC